AUGAGACAGCAAAGUAAUACCUCGAUCUCUUCUGAUGUUAAGAAAUGUAAUCGAUUGAUUUUGGGAGUGACUAUUAUACUUGCAUUUGUACUAAUCAGUUUGGCUGUCACAACACUGAUCUUCGUCGUCAAGAUUGACAAACGAGAGAGUACUUUGCAAUUGGAACCAUUGACAACCACUCCGAUGACGAUAGAAAAAGAAAACACCACUUCUGUUCUCCCGAUUACGGAUCGAACGACAUAUCAUUUUAUUGUUGUCGGUUGUGGUACGAGCGGCGCUGUACUCGCUUCCCGCUUGAGCGAGAAUCCACAUUUUCGUGUCAUUUGCAUUGAAAAAGGACCACGUGAUCUCCCGAAUGAAGCUGAAUGGAGUGCAAUGAAGAUUCCAAACGAUUUCAACUUCAUAUCUCCUCAUGAUCCAGUUAUCAUCACUACUCGUCAACAAAGUUUAAACAAAUUAGUUUACAUUCCACNUUAUCGACAUAAAUCAAGCGAAAAAUCUUCGUCAUUCACGUUCAUGGUUUCUUACAAACGAUUAUCUUCCUCCAUCACAUCGACAAUUGCUUUGCAUUAUGGAAUGGACAAAUAA